AUGACCGGUGCUGUUCUGGAUUCACUGCGGUCCUUGAUGGUGGACCCCUGGCCUCUCAGUGGCUCUGCAGUUCAGUGGCUGUUGCACAUCAUUGCCAGUGAAGACGCAUCUCCUGCGACUUUCGAGGAGGAGAGUCGGGUUGUGGCAAGCUUCCUGGCCCUUGACGAGAACGGUAGCAGGAGCAGAUGCCAGAGCCUCCGAACGUGGUUGUUCGAUGUGGUUCGAUUCACAUCCGAGCGUGGACGUGAGCGCUUGCGUGUGUCCGUGGAUAAAUGCAAGCUCACGUCUUUGCAGGUAGAACUGCUCGGUGGGGCAGUUCUGCUUUCGCAGCCUCUACUGCGCUCAGACGUUGAAACCCACUCAGGUGUCCGUGCAUUCUGGGCCCUUCAGCUGCAGUGUUGCAGUGUUUGCUAUUUUGAAGGACAGUUUUCGAUGCCCAAGGCCAGCAGCACCUUUCUGGCUUGGAUCGAUCAAGCUGGAGGAGAAGAUCCUGAACCACGCCUUGUACUGCGCAGUUUCGUUCAAGAAUUUGGUUUGUCUCUGGCUGAAUCUUGUGUUGCUGCCAGCGCCGGCAUGCCCUGGAUGCAGCAACCGGCGCUCAGCCUGUUGCGUGCCUGGCUCUAUUGGCAUCCGCAACUGCGACCGCAUCAGAGCAGGUAUCUCGGCCUGAGGGAGACUGAGCAUGGGCGUCUUCGCAUGUGGGUGGAGGCCCAACCGAUUGCAGGCUUUAAGGAGGGCUUCGGUUUCGAUGGCUCCUGCCAGCGAGGGCGGCUUACAGCUGAAGAGGAGGAGCAACUUGCAGCAGAAGUCUGCGCGGUCGACUUUUGGCAGAGGGGAGGCGAGGUGACCCGCGCUUUAUGGGCAGCGGCAUCAACGCGCCAGGGACCUGCAGCAGAGCUGGCACUACUCCGUUGCAGAGCACUGCUUGCAGCUCAUGGCCUCAAGGUACAGAGCUCCACAGGCGAGGAGUUGACAACUUCGCGAGUGCAAUUGAGGCUGCAGCAAGUUGCUGUGGGGCGGCUCGGGGCCGAGCCGGGACUCACCAGGCAGAAUGGCUCGGCCUCGGCUGCGCCGGAUGAAGAAAAGCUGGAGCCUAACAAAGAUGCGACGAAGGAAAUCGUGCAGUCAGAGUCGCACGUGAUUGGGGACGACGAGGAGGACAGAAGCCGCGAGAUGAUGCUGUUGCAGCACGAGAAGGAGGCCAUCGAACUUGCCAGGUCCAUCGCCAAGUCAGCAGCCCUGCCUUCACCUCUCGCCAUGGACCAGACCAAGGUCAAAGAUCUGGAUCGAAUCUUCGACUGUAUCGGCAGGCUGCAGGCGUCUGCCGAUCUCGUGGGCAGCUCACGGGGAAGUGAUAUCCUGUUCCUAGCACUCGAGAAGAUCAUGUCGCACUUCUGUGUCAGCCUUGCUGAGUUAGCCUGCGGCUGA